AACGCCCUUGUUAUAUCCCCCUCCCGCCUGUGGUUAAAGUGCGAAUCAGCGAAUGUCGCGCGUUCGUCCGUCGUCGAACGAUUGUCGUUGCGUCGUCGUGUCGUCGUCAUCAUCAUCGUCGUCGUCGUCGUCGUCGUCGUGGUCGUCGUUAGGUGAUCGAUGACCGUAAAACGCGUUUAGUCGCCGCCGCUGCCGUUACCGCGCUCUCUCUUUCUCUUAUCUAGCGUCUCCGACGAAAGCAGCCUUCUAUACCAGUGCGUAUAAAGGUUGCUUCUGCACGAGGUGAACGAUCCGCUACAUCACGCUGCGCAUCUUCUAUCGUUCUCUUCUUCGAGAGAUCCCAUAACCUAACCUAUUCACCUGCACCCAUCGCUCGCUCUUUCCAACUUUGUGUACAUAUCUCCCUCUCUUUCUCUCUCUCUCUUUCUCUUCCUUUCUGUGUCUCUUUUGCACGCGCGAGAUCACGAUGACGAAGCUGUUCUACGUUUUGUUCAUCACCCUGGCCUGCAUCAGUGGCAUUUUCGGAAACAAAUCCAAAUGUAUGAUUCAACCUGUUGAAGAUAUACCAAAGGCAUGGAAAGACAUGGCUGGUCCCUGCAUAAGACUCAUGAAGUUACAAGUUACAACCGAGAUGAAAGCAGCCAUGACAUAUCUUGCAAUGGGUGCCCACUUUGCACGUGAUACUAUAAAUCGACCAGGAUUUAGCAAGUUCUUUUUCGAAAGCGCAAGCGAAGAGAGACAGCACGCGAUAAAGAUCAUCGAAUAUUUGCUAAUGCGUGGACAACUUACAAAAGAACUUAGCAAACUUCUCACGUAUCCCUUGGUCAACAAGACGAAUUCGACACAUUCAGAUACGAUGUCUGGAGAAGCUGCUCUCAAGGAAGCUUUGAAAUUGGAGACUCAAGUUACGCAGAGUAUUCGCGAGAUAAUCAUAACUUGCGAAACUCCAAAAGGAAUCAAUUUCAACGAUUACCAUUUGGUGGACUACCUCACUAGCGAUUUUUUGGAUGAACAAUAUAAAGGGCAACGCGAUCUCGCCGGCAAAAUCUCAACAUUGGGUAAAAUGAUGAAAUCGCAUGGACCUUUGGGAGAAUUCUUAUUCGAUAAGAAAUUGUUGCAUGGUGAGGUCUAGAUGUUUCAUCUCGGCUCGAGAAAUUUUCUUUUCUAUAAAUACAUGUUUAUAAAAUUAUGAUGGCCAUAUUUAGAAUACAUUGUAUAAUUGAGAUUAUAAAAUUAUUAGAUCGCGCAUCUUUGUCUAUAUUGUACUGUAAAACAUGAAAUGUAAUAGUUUCUGUUCCCCAAAUAUAUAUUUCUAAAUGUGGCCUGUAAUAUCAUAGGAAUAUGUAAAGCGUAAUGUUUCCAAUGUUUGUUAUCCAUAUAAUAACUAUUAUCCUUGAUCAAAUAAAUAAAUAAACAUUAUUUUGAGAUGCUGCA